UUUUUUGGUGCAGUGUGUGUCAAUCAGUUGAUGUGCGUCCUAGAAAUUUUUACCUCGCGCUUUCCUUUCUGCUUCCUAAGCUUCCUAUCCAAUCCAGACUCGAAGUAGAAUGCCUUGUCCCCUCUGAGUGUAUCCCAGGCACAAAGUUCUUUCCCCCCAGCUGUGUAGUUUAGUGCGUAAUGUGAGUUUUCGUGUCCAAAUCCACAGUGUUUAGCAGAGCAAAUAGUGGACGAUCAUUUAGCAAAUAUUUGCACAAUUUCACUUUUAUCUUGAACGUCCGAAGCACAAAUCCGCGGGCUUUUCUGAUGCCAACCAGAAGCCUCAAUUGUUUCCUGGCUAACUCGAUACUUUUGUCUCUAGUAUUUGAGCUGAAACAAAAAUAAUGGAUAAGUUUCGUCCUCCGGAAUGUCGAGAAGCGACUCCUUUCAUCUUUCGCGGAAGCGACAGAAGUGGCCGGAAGGUUCUGGAGAAGAGUCUGGCAGACAGUGGUUACACCUCUGAGCUAAGUACAGUGAGUGAAUCACAGAUUUCUCGGGGGUUUUCUAUCGAAGAGGCUGAAAUUGAUGAGAAUCAAGAGCCACCAACCCCAACCACGAAAAAUCUCCAGAAAUUAUCUGCCCUUCAGCUUACAACUCCCAAAUCCGAGCAAUCUCCCCUCAAACGACCUCUCUGUCACGAUGACACUGGUACUCCCAAGAAGAUACGACUCAAUGAUGAGAAUCGUGGCUAUGAAACCCCCAAAAAGUUCAUCCGGAAAAAAUCCUUCAGAGAUCGCAUGGAAUCUGAAUUGUGCGAAGGAAAGCCCUAUCUGCCACUCUCCCCAAUCUCCUCGAAUGUGUCCAAGUCGGCAUCCAAGAUCCUUGGGGAGAAUCAGUUUGAGAAUCUCUCGAGCACUCCCAUCAAAAAUGGAUUUCGGCCGGAUUUCUACGUGGAGACUGUAGAGAAUGUGGACUGGAAUCCACUUCUGCCAAAGUCAAGGUCUCCCAAGAAGAAGCGGAAGCUGAUUAAAAAGAUUCACAGUUACAGUCCGAGGAAGUGGCAUGUUAGUAAAGGGUACAGCUAUCGUUUAGAGCAGUGCGCUUCGCCCAUUCCAAUCGACGAGGAGGUUGCUCAUGAGGAACAUAAUCCAGCACAGGGUAUCAUUGGCUUCAAUACCUCCCAAUUUGAGAAUCUUCUCAGUGUCUCCCAGCAUUCCAGCGUCAAUGAGGUCUCUACGAAAAAUGCUGUUAGUGUCGCAAAAGCGGAUGAUCUUCAGAUUUUCUCCGCUUCAAGACGGAAUCUGGACACGGUGGAAGAGGAGAAAAAUGGGCUCAAUCUGACUCCUUUAGAAGAGAUUAGCACUCACAGUAUCAAAGAGUAUUUCCAUGAAAUGAAAAACAUGCCUGAAGUAUUUGGCCAGACUUCAAUGCACAAAACUUCCAAUUCGGCAAAUGUUUUUCGGCAUAAAGACUCAAUGGAAUUUCUGGCUGUCCAGAAGACUCCUGAUGCUGAGGAGUCUCAGACUGAAUUAAUGGAUAUCAGCCUGACUCCAAAGCAAUUGGAUCUGGAUGAGAAUGUGGUGGAUGUUUCGCUUGAAGAGCCCCCUAGUGCAAAGGGUCUCAAGCGAUCAGCUCACUUUCAGUACUCCCCAUCGGUCCUGCACACUCCCAAGAAAGUCAAACGCUCCACAAGUUUUCAGUAUUCGUCUGAUGAGGAGAAGCAUCGCAUUCUCUAUCCGAAUUUACCAUGUACACCGCCCAAAAAGCGAGCCCGGAAGUCCCUGGACUACAGCAUCAAGUCUCCGCUGAAGGAGGAAUCUGCAUCUAGAAAAUGUUGCCUGCCUAAGAAAAAUUUCUAUGGCGGAGCACUGACACUAAAUAUCUUGAGUCGCCUGGCGGGUAUCAGUCCGGCUCUGGAUCGUAUCUUUAGCUACCUGAGUGCGGAGGAUCUCAAUACUGUGCAUAGGGUUUGCAGGGACUGGAGAAAGUUAGUGGAUGAACAUUCGCAGGCCAGCAGACGGCUGAUUGUGCAUCAGCAAGAGCAGAUUCCCAUCAAGGAAAAUGCCUUUGUGGUGAAAAAGAAGGUCCUGGAGAGAAAAAUCUCAGGGAGGAUUCUUCUGCGUGAGCGAAAUUCAAUCGAUGAGAAACAACUCAGAAGACAGAGUGUUGUCGUAUCGCCGCCCAGUAGUCCGUCCACCAGGAAUCACCGGAAUCAUCAGAAGUUUCUUGAGAGUCUGGACGAGUGUGCAAAGGUGAUGAGAUGCCCCAAAUGCUCAAAAUCCAGCCUGAUCAUGAGUCCAAGGCGGCAGAAGCGCUGCGCCAUGGCAACUGCAAGACUGAGCCCUGCUAAAGCGUCUCCGGCUAAGAGGAAUCUCUUCAAUGGAAACAUAACAAUUGGAUCAUUUCCAGUUGCCAGCUGCAAGGACAAGAUGCUGGGCAAGGUGGGAAAGUCUCAGUCCCUUCCGGCGGACUUCAAUGCCUUCGAACUGGAGUUGUUUGUGAAGAAUAAGAGCCUCAUCUGCGACGGUGUCAAGUACGAGACUUAUGCCAUUUGCUCUCGUGAAUCCUGUCGAUUUGCCUUCUGCACCACAUGCUUCCAGGAACGCCAUGAGGUGGGGAAGUGUGUGGAGGUGGAUCUGGGAUCACCGGUGCGAUUCGAGGAGGACUGCAAGAGACGUAUUGUGCCGGGCUCCAAGAGGAGCAAGCGGAAUCUCAAGCGUCUUUAGAAUUAGAAGGAAAAUACUCUUCAUUUAUCGCUCAAAAUAUUUUUUUUUAGGAUUUACUUGUAGUACAACGUCCAUGGUUGCCUAAUUUCUUGUAGUUUUUAGUGCUUUCUAUUAUUGUUCUUUCCAUCAACAUUUUUUUGUAGAAAAUUAAGGCAAGAGAUCACGUGAGAAAUGCUGCGAAAAAGCCUAGAAAGACCUGAAAUUGGUCAUUGAAAAUUCAAAAAUUUAUACAAAAAGAAAGAAAAAAGAAAAACGAGGUGAUAAGAAAUCAGGAAUUUUAUGUUAUUUUUUUUUAAUAAUUGUUUAGAUAUUAUUUUUACGGCGUAUUAUUGUGUGUGAGUGAUUUUAUUUUACUUAAUCAGAUUCAAAAAUAAUUUUUUAAUUUUGUAUUUUCAAUCACGAAAGUGCCUUCAAAUGUGAGGCUUUGGAGAAAAACUAAAUUAUUCCCUUUUGUAAGUGUGAGACGAAUUUUGCUUAUCAGCAUUAUUAGGGUUAAGGAGAUAAUGAUUAGAAAUUUUAAACACAAAAAAUAAAUAAAUUGCACAUUUCACGGUGAUUAUCAAUCUCAAGGAUUUUAGAGUAUUUAUCUGCCUGCUUAAGUAUCAUCACAGGAAUUUAAGAUUUUUUUUUAUAAUACAAUAAGUAAAAUAAAAUUUAAAAAAAAAAUGAGGCAAAA